AUGGCAGCUCUUGUUGUGGUAAUAAAAACUACCAUUACAGAAGUUCAGUUUGCUGCCGUGGCACAAUUCUCUCAAGAAGUUAUGGCAGCUCUUGUUGUGGUAAUAAAAACUACCAUUACAGAAGUUCAGUUUGCUGCCGUGGCACAAUUCUCUCAACAAGUUAUGGCAGCUCUUGUUGCGGUAAUAAAAACUACCAUUACAGAAGUUCAGUUUGCUGCCGUGGCACAAUUCUCUCAAAACGUUAUGGCAGCUCUUGUUGUGGUAAUAAAAACUACCAUUCCGUAUCCCAAAUUUGCUGCCGUGGCACAAUUCUCUCAAAACGUUUUGGCAACGCUUGUUGUGGUAAUAAAAACUACCAUUACGUAUCCCAAAUUUGCUGCCGUGGCACAAUUCUCUCAAAACGUUAUGGCAGCUCUUGUUGUGGUAAUAAAAACUACCAUUCCGUAUCCCAAAUUUGCUGCCGUGGCACAAUUCUCUCAAAACGUUUUGGCAACGCUUGUUGUGGUAAUAAGAACUACCAUUCCGUAUCCCAAAUUUGCUGCCGUGGCACAAUUCUCUCAAAACGUUUUGGCAACGCUUGUUGUGGUAAUAAAAACUACCAUUCCGUAUCCCAAAUUUGCUGCCGUGGCACAAUUCUCUCAAAACGUUUUGGCAACGCUUGUUGUGGUAAUAAAAACUACCAUUACGUAUCCCAAAUUUGCUGCCGUGGCACAAUUCUCUCAAAACGUUAUGGCGGCUCUUGUUGUGGUAAUAAAAACUACCAUUCCGUAUCCCAAAUUUGCUGCCGUGGCACAAUUCUCUCAAAACGUUAUGGCAACGCUUGUUGUGGUAAUAAAAACUACCAUUACAGAAGCUCAGUUUGCUGCCGUGGCACAAUUCUCUCAAAACGUUAUGGCAGCUCUUGUUGUGGUAAUAAAAACUAUCAUUACAGAAGCUCAGUUUGCUGCCGUGGCACAAUUCUCUCAAAACGUUAUGGCAGCUCUUGUUGUGGUAAUAAAAACUACCAUUACAGAAGUAAAAAAUGUUGCCCAGGAAACAUAA